UGAUUGCUUGCUGCUUGCUCUGCAGGACUCUGGCUCACUGGGAAGUUGUUGUAAUGUCGCGAAGGAAGCCUUACGCUCAAAUCAUAGACGGCAUCCCGCGCAGUCCUAACUACGACCCGGAUCUCUUGAGAGCAGCCCUCGAGUUCAAGGCCCAGAAGGGCGACUUGGUUCUCUCGACGUACCCCAAGAGCGGCACGCACUGGAUGCUUUACAUCACACAGUUGAUCCUAAAAGGAGGUGAACCAGUGAGCGGUUAUAGCGAGUUCAUCCGCAACAUUCGUGUUCUCGGAGUCGUCGGGUUCGACGCUUGGACACCUAGUCUUCCACUCCGCUUGUUUUCCACCCACCUGCCACUGGGCAGCACCACCAUGAACAAAGACGCCAAGUACGUCUACGUAGCGCGGAACCCGUGGGACUUGUGCGUCUCUUCCUACCAUAUGAUUAAAAAAUUGGGCAUUUAUCGCUUCCGUGACGGUACCUUCGAGGAACUCUUCGACGCGUUUCUGGAGGGUGACUGCGCUGGCCAGGGAAGCUAUUUCGAUCACGUAGCGUCAGGUUACGCCUUGAGGGACCAGCCCAACCUGUUCUUCGUUACCUAUGAGGAACUCAAGAGGGAUACUCGAAGUGUGAUUCUGAGACUGGCUAGGUUUCUUGGCGACGAUUACGGUGACAAACUGGAAAAGGAUGAAGAACUGCUGCAGGAAAUUGUUGAUCGGUGCGGGAGCGAUAACAUGAAGCGCGACCUUGAACCUGAAUCCAAAGAACACACGGACCCUGAUUGGUACAAGGCGACCGCGCGAAUUAUAGCAGCCAACAGCAGAAUUUUUUUGGAGGACGCCAAGCAAUUCAGCAUCGUCAGGAAGGGUGACGUUGGUGACUGGCAGGGUUAUUUUACUCGAGACCAACUGUGGCGCUUAGAAGCUAGGAUAAAGCAGUUGGAAGAGCAUUCAUGCGUAAUGGACCUUUGGAAGGACACUCGAGCAGCUGCGCUCAAAUUUAUUGCGAAUGAAUAGAAAUAAAUGAACGAAGGUUUCGUUUAGUGGUUAUCAAUGCAAUUAAAAUAAAACUGUUUCACACAGGAAUGUCCCUGGUGUUUU